AGCAAAACGGAAAUAACAAAAAGUAGGAAGUGAGGUCAAUAAUAUUUAGGUUUUUUCAUCAACUAGAUAUUAUUUUGCAUUAUUCCAACAACUGCGUUAUAUAAAUUCCUUUAUUUUACCAAGCAGUUAAUUCAUAUACCUUUGGGUAAAUUGACAUUAAAUCGCAGAUCUGUAUCUUGUGCUAAUAUUUAUCUUGUGUAUCUUGAAAAGGAGCAUAUGACUGCAUGAUCUGAGUGCAUGAUUGUUACUCAUCACUACACAAAUAGAAAUACACUGGGAACCCCCUGCAUCAGAUGCCCCCUUGCCAGUGACAUUUAUGUGAAACAUUUUUAACAGUUUUAUAGAAGAUGGAAUGGUUAUUUGGGAGGAAGAAAACUCCAGAAGAGAUGCUCAGACAGAAUCAAAGAGCACUGAGUAAAGCUAUGAGGGAUCUCGAUAGAGAGCGACAAAAAAUGGAACAACAAGAGAAAAAAGUUAUAGCUGAUAUUAAAAAAAUGGCAAAAGCAGGACAGAUGGAUGCUGUAAAAGUUAUGGCUAAAGAUCUGGUACGAACCCGACGUUAUGUGAAGAAGUUCAUUUCAAUGAGGGCAAACAUACAGGCUGUGUCUUUAAAAAUUCAGACUCUAAAAGCAAACAACACAAUGGCACAAGCCAUGAAGGGGGUCACCAAAGCAAUGGCCACAAUGAACAAACAGCUGAAACUACCUCAAAUACAAAAAAUUAUGAUGGAGUUUGAGAAACAGGCUGAGAUAAUGGACAUGAAAGAAGAAAUGAUGAGCGAUGCCAUUGAUGAUGCUAUGGGGGACGAGGACGAUGAAGAGGAGAGUGAUGCUAUUGUGUCCCAGGUGCUGGAUGAAUUAGGUCUUCAGAUGGCAGAUGACCUGUCAAAUCUGCCGGUGACUGGCCAGACUUUAGCAAGUGGAACCAAAAAGGCCCAGCCUCAAGCUGCUGCCGCCGCGGGUGUUAGUGAUGCCGACGCUGACUUGGAAGCCAGAUUAGAAAAUCUGAGGAGACAGUGAAACAUUUCGGAGGGAAUACUUAAAUGGAUAUUUAUUUUCUCGAUGUCAUAUAACAUGAAAAAUAUGAAACCUGUCACAUUAACGUUCGAUUUAUAGGCAAGUUUUGAAGCGGACAUAUUUUUAAUUUGAAAAAUAUGAAAAGCCUCACACAGUAAUUUGUAGUUUAGAUGAUAGGUUUUGUAGGGGUCAUAUGCAAUACAGGUCCACAGGUCCAAGACCUGUGUAUUUUGCAUGGGAUCCUUGAAAGAUUCAAGUAUAUAACUCUUUGUCUAUCCAUGGAAAGUAUUGAAUAAUCCCACGAUUAAUGUUUCAAAUUCUGUACUUCUGGACAUUAAAAUAUUGUUCAAAAUAUAAAUUUUAGAACCAGUCUAUUGGACGUUUUUCUGCUUGGUCUGAAUGAACUUGGCCCUGAUUAUCUCUGCCAUUCAAGCUGAAUAAUUCAGUCCUUAUUCAUCUGUUCAUAACACAACGUCCCUGAAAUAAGUGAAACUACGCCAGAAAUUAUGAGUGCAAAAUUUUGUGAAUAAGACAGCAGUGACAAUGAAAUUAGGUUGACCACACAUGGGAUCACCUAUACUUCUGUUCGAGCAAAAUUAAUACAACAUUUACAUUUCAUAUUCGACAUGAAUAUAAGUUUUCUACGAAUUUGUGUUUCCAAUGGUACAGUUCUUCCAAACAGUGGAACUCAAAACCAUUACCUUAUAUAAUAGACCAAUAAGAUAUAGGCAGGAAACCUUUCUGGUUGGUUUAUUGGUGGGGGGUUUUUUCUUUCACAUUACUGGUUGUAGUUUGACUACCGUAUAUUGCCGUGUAUUAGCCGACUUUUGAAGUCUACAAACUCUUUCAAAAAGAAGAGAGUCUGCUUAUACAUGGAGGCAACAAAUUGGAGCAUAAAAUUCUGAUCGAAAAUACUCCCGACCGUGACGUAUAAAUUUUGAUCAGACCCUUAGCCUUUCACAGAUUAUGUAACAAUAAUUUGUGCACAGUAUAAAUAAAACACCCCAUCAUGCAAUAUUAUGCAGUUUUUUGUUCUUGAAUGCAUUAUAAGU